AUGGAUAAAGAUCUUCGCCAACCCGAGCCCACGUCCAACGACAAGGGCUCCUCCGAGCUCGCCUUCGCCCGCGCCGAUGCCGAGACGGGCGGCUCCUCUGGCUUCAGCGCCUGGUUCGGCGGCCGCAACACAAAGGUCGGCCCGCGGAUUGCGCCUCGCAAGGAGGGCGUCGGAGAGGGCUCCGACAGCGAGGACAGCGCCGAUGCCAUAUUGACCAAGCAGCUUGCGGAGGAGAAUAGCCAUGCGAUCAAGUACAGGACGUGCAGCUGGCAAAAGACGGCCGGUCUGCUAUUUUCCGAGUACAUUUGUCUAGCCAUCAUGAGUUUCCCAUGGUCGUAUAGUAUUCUUGGACUGGUGCCCGGAUUGAUCCUCACUGCCGUCAUCGCGCUUGUUGUUCUCUACACAUCUUUGGUCCUUUGGCAAUUCUGCAUGAGACACCCCGAAGUUCGCGACGUCUGCGAUAUCGGCCAGAUGCUCUUCUGGGGAAAGACAUGGGCAUGGUACGCUACGGCUGUCAUGUUCAUUCUGAACAACACUUUCAUUCAGGCUCUACACGUCCUCGUUGGCGCCAAGUACCUCAACACAAUGACCGAAUCCGAUCCCGUCGUCUGUAGAACUGUCGUCUUCUCCAUUGUCGUCACCAUCAUCUGCUGGCUCUGCUCGCUGCCUCGCACCUUUGACGCCCUUUCGAAAGCCGGAACCGCAUCCGCAGCCUUCACCUUCAUCUCGGUGCUUCUGGCUACCAUCUUCGCUGGCAUCCAGGCGCAUCCCGCCGGCUACGACCCCCGAUCAACAUAUGUCGACGAGACUACUGGCACAACAAAGACUGGAGGCGCCCCGAUUGUCACGGCCAUUCCCAUUGCCGCCACUACCUUUGUCUCCGGAAUGAAUGCCUUCCUGAACAUCAGCUACACUUUCAUCGGCCAAAUCACGUUGCCCAGUUUCAUUGCGGAGAUGAAGGAUCCGAGGGACUUCCCCAAGGCCCUCUGGGCUGUCACUAUUGGCGAGAUCAUCGUCUUCAGCAUUGUCGGAGCUGUUGUCUACGCCUUUGUCGGAAACCAAUACAUGACUGCACCCGCCUUUGGCUCCCUCGAGGAGGUCUACAAGAAGGUGUCCUUCUCCUUCAUGAUCCCGACUCUUGUCUUCCUCGGCGUCUUGUACGCCAGCGUUUCGGCUAGAUUUCUCUUCUUCCGUCUCUUCAAGGGCACCAAGCACUUGCACGAACACACUAUCGUCGGCUGGGGUUCUUGGGCCACCAUUCUCCUUGCCUUGUGGCUUUUGGCAUUCUUGAUUGCCGAACUUAUCCCCUUCUUCUCUUCCCUGCUUUCACUCAUGUCCUCUCUGUUCGACUCAUUCUUCGGCUUCAUCUUCUGGGGCGUUGCUUACUUCCGCAUGCGAGGCGCCGAUAAUCGCGCCGGCGUCCCCAAGCCUGGAAAGCUUGCCGAUCUUGCGACGAUGGGUCUCAACAUCAUCAUUAUUCUCACCGGUCUUUUGUUCCUCACUGCCGGCACAUACGCCAGUGUUGAAGGCAUCAUUGAAGAGUUUAGAGCGGGCACCGUCGGCAAGCCCUUUGGCUGCGCUAGCAACGGACUUUGA